AGCCUUGACUGCCCUUUACUAUUUCUACUCCAAACAUUUUGGGUUGGGGUGGGGAGAGCAGCAAGGAGUUCCAGAUGUGGAAGCAGGGAAAGCUCAGCCUGGCAGAAUUCUCAAAUUAAAGACUGACUCACACAGACUGCCAAAUUGGGCAUUCUGAUGAGAAGAAUUCGUCUCUUCAGCUGACACCAAGUAUUGUAAGGACCUAACCAAGGAAAGCCUGGUAACAAUAUUUAUAGAUAUCAAUGAAGUAUGAGGAGUCCUGACAUCAAACUGUCAACAAAGUGUUUGGAGGCCCAAGGUCUCUGAAGGAUAGAAACUUUCAUCUAUCUGGUAUCAAGCAACCACAUUUAUAACUUUGAACAAAUGGAGGAUGUUGGAGACAGUGAAGGUGGCGUCUCUAUGCCCUCACCUUGAAUCUGGGAUCUGCGACUGCUUGACUAGUAGAAUUCUGCAAAAGUGACACUGCACCAAUUUCCAGGCCCAGAUCUUAAGAAACUGGCAACUUCCACUUCCUGUUUCUUGGGACACUCCUUCUUGGAACCCAGCCACCACCCUAUGAGGAAGCCUAAACUACUUUGUGGAGAGACACAUAUGGAGAAAAACCAACACUCAUCACCAAGUGAGUGAACUAUCUUGGCAGCGCAGACUCCUGCUCCAGCGAAGAUGAGCUGUCCUAGCCAAGGCCGGCCCAAAUCGCAGCUUGAUGAGUAAAGUAAACAAUUGUUGUUGUUUUAAGCCGCUGUGGUCUUAGGGUGAUUUUCUUUAGCGGCAAUAGAUAACCAGAACCGUCUAAUAUAAUGUUACCAGUGCUUCAAACUCUCCUUUCCACAAUAUGCCCCACACCAGCAGGGCACUGAAGGACCCCAAUGCCGGGCCUUCUCUAAGGAGCCCUCAAUUUUUCCUCACAUGUCACAGGCAAUGGCCUUCGUACUUCAUCUCCUCUCCCACUCCCCAAUUAGGAUAAAAAUCUCUAUCAUAUAAAGAUGCUAAGACCCAGCCUCUGCACCCUCACUGUUUGGAUUUCUUGGGGAAUCAUAAGUUUCUCUGAGCCACACUCUGGACCCUUCCACCCACUCUCCAGGGGCUCCUGAUUUGUGCUGGGCUAGCGGCGUGUAGCUUUGGUGUGCUGGCUUCAAGGGCCAAGAUAGGAGCGCAGCGUACUUGAUCCAGUAAUUUACUGACCACGAUGGCUCUUGAACUUGCUAUAAGCUUAAGAGGGAGCAUACAAGCUAGGCAAAGGGGUCAGAGAAAGCAGAGGAGAAACCAUGCUCGGACCCUGCCUCUGUCUGCAGUCGCUCCAUCACAGAUCAAAUCUGCCUGCACUUACUGGGAAGGAAAUGGGUUUCUCCGCAAGGCCUUCCUCAGGUCUGAGUCUCGGUCUGUCAAACUGCCCUCCUCCUUCCAUUACCGCCUCCACCCCCCACACCUUCAUUUCGGGAACGAAAUAGUUAAGACUCCUGCCCUUCAGGGCCUGGGAGGGGGCGGCAGCUCUGCGCUUUCUAGAGGCUGCCUCCUAGGAGGGCUGGAAGGUUAGGACGUCCUUGCAGUCCUAAAGUGAAGUAGAGGGUCUGGGAGCUUAGGGAGGAGAAGGGGAGGACAGACGGGAGGCGUGUUCCCCCGGAGUUUUCUUUUUCUUGAGAGCUCGCGCGCGCGGGCGGGCGCGUACAGUCAUCUCUGGUCUGGCGAUUGUGGACAGGAGGUGGAGAGGCUCCAUCCCACCCGGUGGCCGGACGCUGGAGGCUCGGGGAGACCUCCCGGGAGAAGCCGUGCCCAGGAAGUUUUCCCAAGCGGAGGCAGCUGUGCAGCCGGGGCCACCGCCUAACCGGAGCCCGGGACACGCGCCACCCACCCUCGCCGGCUCCGCUUCCUCUCGCCCCGGCGCCGCGCGCGGACCGAGCAGCUGUCUGCGCCCGCCCAGCUCCACGGUGAGAAAAAAAAAGUGGGGGUGUAAAAGCAACACAGUAAGAGACAUUUCCUCAAAUUUGCAUCAAGAUGGAGACCUUUUGCCUCAGGGUGUCCUUUUGGGUGGUGCUGGUUGGAUGCGUGAUCAGUGAUAAUCCUGAGAGCUACAGCACGAAUCUGAGCACUCAGGUGGAGGAUUUCACCGCUUUCCAUGGGACGGAGCUCAGCUUCCUGGUUACCACUCAUCGACCCACUAAUUUGGCCCUCCCCAGCAAUGGUUCAAUGCACAACUAUUGCCCACAGCAGACUAAGAUUACUUCAGCUUUCAAAUACAUUAACACUGUGAUAUCUUGUACUAUUUUCAUCGUGGGAAUGGUGGGGAAUGCAACCCUGCUCAGGAUCAUUUACCAGAACAAGUGCAUGAGGAAUGGCCCCAACGCGCUGAUAGCCAGCCUUGCCCUUGGAGACCUUAUCUAUGUGGUCAUUGAUCUCCCUAUCAAUGUAUUUAAGCUGCUAGCUGGGCGCUGGCCUUUCGAUCACAAUGACUUUGGCGUGUUUCUCUGCAAGCUGUUCCCCUUUUUGCAGAAGUCCUCAGUGGGGAUCACCGUCCUCAAUCUCUGUGCUCUCAGCGUUGACAGGUACAGAGCAGUAGCCUCCUGGAGUCGUGUUCAGGGAAUCGGGAUUCCCUUGAUCACUGCCAUUGAGAUUGUGUCCAUCUGGAUCCUUUCUUUCAUCCUGGCCAUCCCUGAAGCAAUUGGCUUCGUCAUGGUGCCCUUUGAAUACAAGGGUGAACAGCACAAAACCUGUAUGCUCAAUGCCACAUCAAAAUUCAUGGAGUUCUACCAAGAUGUAAAGGACUGGUGGCUCUUCGGCUUCUAUUUCUGCAUGCCCUUGGUGUGCACUGCCAUCUUCUACACCCUCAUGACCUGUGAGAUGUUAAACAGAAGGAAUGGCAGCUUGAGAAUUGCCCUCAGUGAACACCUGAAACAGCGUCGAGAAGUGGCAAAAACAGUUUUCUGCUUGGUUGUAAUUUUUGCUCUUUGCUGGUUCCCUCUUCAUUUAAGUCGUAUUUUGAAGAAAACCGUGUAUGAUGAGAUGGACAAGAACCGAUGUGAAUUACUUAGUUUCUUGCUGCUCAUGGAUUACAUCGGUAUUAACUUGGCAACCAUGAAUUCAUGUAUAAACCCAAUAGCCCUAUAUUUUGUGAGCAAGAAAUUUAAAAAUUGUUUUCAGUCUUGCCUCUGCUGCUGCUGUUACCAAUCCAAAAGUCUGAUGACCUCGGUCCCCAUGAAUGGAACAAGCAUCCAGUGGAAGAACCACGAACAAAACAACCACAACACAGAGAGGAGCAGCCAUAAGGACAGUAUAAACUAAACAUAUUACGAAACAUUAGUCAAUAUGCCUUCAAAUCCUAUUGGAGAAAAAAAAUCACGGCAACUGUGUCUCCAGAAAUCUCUUCUCUGAUCCUUCUCCUGUGACGCACUCCCACCCCCUGAAAAGUGCUUUCCAAAACAUUGGAGGGUGGACUGUUUUAUACCCAUAAAAUCAAUGAAUCUCGCUUCUUUAAUUUAUCUAAUUUGCAUAUUCUGCAUGUUACAUUCAGCACUAAAAAAUGGUGGGAGUUGGCAGGGGGAAAAGAGACUGUUGAAUUAAACCAGAAGGAUAUUUAGUAUUUUUGCAUGAAAAUACAGUUUUUGAAGACAUGACUAGCUUUCAUGGCAGUUCUGUCAUAUGAUCAAUGAGAACUGGUCGCCAUGAGAGUUUAGAGAUUUAUGACAAUGUUUUCUAUUUUUUUAAGUGGUUUUUUUUUCUUGCCAAACACAGUAUGGGUUAAGUCACCUUUAUUUGAAACGUCAUUCAGUGCCAGUACUGUUGAACUUCACGGUAGCCUAAAAAUGAUUAAUUUGAGCCUAUUCACACAUAUUUUGCAAAAGAUAAAAAAAAGAAGUGAAACAAUUCAGGUAAGCAAGUAGGUUAAUGUUUCUCAUGUCAUUGUUUUAUUUUUAAAACAUGAAUUCUCAAGCUACAGUAAAUACAAGCACUUACAGCCCAGACUGAUACUCAUGUAUGGCAGUUUAAUAGCUGCUAUUCAAAGAAUUUUUAAUGGGUUUUUUUUAAUGGUGUUUCAUCAUAGCUCUUGAGCAUAUUUUUAUGUUAAAUUUAAAAAUAAUGCUUGAGUCAAAUAGUUCUAUUUUUCACAGGUCCAAAUCAUUUUUUAAUGUAUCGUCUGUAAAAUCAAUAUCAUGUACCAAAAUUUAAAUGUAUGUGUCAUUUAACUAUGCCCAAGACUGUCAGUGUAAUGCGUAGAAAGCUAAAGCACACUCUGGAGAAAAGGGUCAAAUAUUUUUAGAAGAAUUAGAAAUUUUCAUUGAGUUUUUUUUUGUAAUAGUAACAUGUGUAUGUGUGUACAUGCAUAUAUAUGUACAUAUAUGUAUAUAUAUGUACACAUAUAUAAACAUUAUACAUAUCACCUCAUAGUCUCUUGAUUUCUCUUAAAAUGUUAACUGGCAGUAAGACUUUUGUGGUCAUUCUCUUUUCCAUAUAGGAAAUAUAGUUUCAAAGUAGCCAGCUGAGUUUAUCAUGUCAGUGAAAUAUAAUUACCCCCAAAUGCCACCAUGAACUUAUGGUUCUUCACUUCUCUGGGUUUCCAGUAGGAACCUAAACACCUCCCCCACCCCCACUCCUCACAUGGUCACCAUUUCAAAGGCCCACAGUGACUUUUGCUGGGCAUUUUCCAAGAUGUUUACAGACUGUGAGUAUAGCAGAAAAUCUUUUACUGUGUGUACAUAAAUAUAUAUAAACAACUGUACAUUUCUUUUAACCAGU